AUGAACACUGCUGCUGAACCGAUAAGUCGUGAGCACAUUCCCUUCACACCCUUCAGUGAGUAAUAAACCUACACUUCACUGUCACACUUCGAACAGCUGCUACAGAGAGGGGACAGGAACUGCGGAUCUGUCUGAUGAGUAAUACCAAAGUGGGGAAGAGAAGUGGAUGAACUAGAUUCCCCAGGCUUAAUGGAUGGAUUGUAUGACUAAUUACUUACUGUACACUCUAUGAGUCCAAGUGAUUUCAAAUAUUUUCAAAAUCAACCACUGAGGGUGUGUCUGCUUCAGCGUUACUACUACGGCAUGCGGGAUGGGCCAAACUCGCUCCGAUCUUUCGCAUACCACCACCAACCCAGUCAGAACGAAAUGGAAAGCAGGGGAGACGGCCCAGCGACUCCGUAUCCACAGAUUUAGGAGCGGAGAAAAGCGACGGGGUGACCAGUCAAACAGGAAUCCGAUGAAAAAUAAAGUGCUGUCGUGUUUGGGAAGGAGAAAGCGAGACUCCAGUCAGACAGAGGCGGAUUUUGGUUGCGGAAACAGAGCCGGAGAUCCAGCAACGCGCUGCGAACACAGAGUAGGAAAGUUGCCGAGGGACGAGGUUACCUCGGCGGUAGGGGAACACAGAUCAUCCCCAGGUUGUUUUCAGACACAAUCCGGCCUAGAUGAUAAUACGAAGGGUACUCAACACGCUGUGAACCGAGAGGCACUUGCUGGCCCGCCUGAUGCGUCCGGUUUGGAAACGCGGAGCGGUGAAGCCAGCGGUGCGGGCUGUGAGGAGCCGAAACCCGGACGAGAGGACAAUGCCUCGCACCCUCCGGCGAGGGCCAUGGAAGACCUGACACCGGGGGGAAACAACCGGGACCAUGCUGUAUGUGAAGUCAGGGAAUUAACGGGAAGGAGCAAGACUUCAGGCCUGCUCACCUCUGACCCCAACACUCGGACUAGCCUGACCGCUGAUCAACCUCUGGAUCGCGGACAGUUAAGGGCCGAGAACGCGGAUCAACCUCUGGAUAGUAGACUGUUAACAGCCAAGCACGCUAAGGCCAAAAUGACUAAAACGGACACUAGUGCCAUUGCAUGUCCACCCAUAGCAGCCGGUGACCAAAUAAACUACUGUCUGGUUGAAACCAAGAGCCGAGGACCCCAAGAAGAAGGACAAAGUUUCCCUGGAACCAUACCAAAACUUAUCAUAACCAGAGAUCCCAGUCCGACCCGCCCUCUGGAGACCCCAGCCCUGCUGGGUAUCAAGGCAGAGCUCAGCACCGGCUCAUGUCUGGAGCCUCAGCCAGAAGAUGAGUCUCCCUGCUGCUCGGACAGUGGCUGUGGUGGGUCCCCUUCGCUGAUGCGACCAAUUAGGAAGCUGUCCAACUCCUCCUCCAUCGGCUUGUCCUCAGCGUCAUCGUUCGAGGAAUCUGAAGACGACUACACCGGGAGCGAUAUUGAGCCCAGUCUGUCUCCUGCCCGGUCUCUGUGCAGCCCUGAUGAUGGGACAGGGAAUAAGUCCUGGCAGAAACUGAAGACCAUGGUUCACUGGUCCCCCUUCGUUGUGUCCUUCAAAAAGCGUUACCCAUGGGUGCAGCUAGCUGGCCAUGCAGGUAACUUCCAGGCAGGAGAGUAUGGACGCUUGUUGAAGAAAUACUGUGAGUGUGAGCAGCAGUGUUUGCAGAAGCUGAUGAAGGACACCCUGCGACCCUACGUGCCUGGUUAUUACGGUGUAGUGCAAAAAGACGAGCAAGACUACAACCUGAUGGAUGACCUGCUGGCUGACUUUGACUCGCCCUCCAUCAUGGACUGCAAGAUGGGCAGCAGGACAUAUUUAGAAGAGGAGCUGAUUAAAGCCAGAGAGCGACCUCGUCUACGGAAGGACAUGUAUGAUAAGAUGGUGGCAGUGGACCCCGGAGCGCCCACGGAGCAGGAGAGGGCUCAGCAGGGAGUCCUCAAACCCAGAUACAUGCAGUGGAGGGAGACCCUCAGCUCCACAGCCACCCUGGGCUUCCGCAUCGAAGGCAUUAAGAAAUCAGAUGGGACAUGUAACACCAACUUUAAGAAGACAAAGCACAAAGAGCAGGUGAUGCAGGCCUUGGAGGACUUUGUGGGCGGCAACACUCAGAUUCUGAAACUGUACCUGCAGUGUUUGGAGAAGCUCCGAUCAGUCCUCGAGCAGUCACACUUCUUCAAGUCACACGAGGUUGUUGGUAGCUCCCUGCUGUUUGUACAUGAUGCCUCGGGGAAAGCCAGAGUGUGGAUGAUUGACUUUGGGAAGACUGUCCCCCUGCCAGCACCUCAGAUGCUGGACCACAGGACGCCCUGGGUGGAGGGCAACAGGGAGGAUGGCUACCUGUGGGGUCUGGACAACCUCAUAGACAUCUUCAGCAGCAUGCUGCCUCAGACACCCUGAGUGAGGGCCUCAGUGGAGACUUCAGAGAGAAAUUAGUCUGGAUGGGAGAGAGAGAGGUAUCAGCAGACUGAAGACUGAGGGAGAAUGAGCCAAGCUGCCACUAGUAUGAUGACUAUUCAUGAGCUAAGCCAUGAUCCAAGUGUCUUUAACCAGUUGUUCAGACAGAGGUGAACAAAGUGCAGUAAGCCAAAGGCAAACAUCAUGCAUCAUGCUCUGUGGACGCAGAAAGAGGUGGAAUUAAAUGCAGGAUUAAUACGUUUUGUCACAUGGACGGUAGCUUAAUUUGAGAGAAAGCGGAACAUUUUCCUGCACAGACAUUCAAAGUUACUCUUCUCUUCUGCUCUCCUUUCCUGCCCUCUGCUGGUGAAAAGUGCACAUAGCACUCAGACCCCGAUGCAGGUAUGAAACUAAAGCCCUUGAGGAGCGUUUGGUAAUGGGAGUUUUAUCUAUCUCAAGGACCACUUUUUGAUGUUUAGCUAUUCAUUAACACUAAAACACUUGUCAGACCACGUGUUGACUAACCUGGUGUGUAAAUACAGUUUAAUUUAAAUUUUUUUUUUGCCUUGUUUAACCUCCUUACCUUGUUUGUAAAAUUUUCUGUGCCUACAGCUGUUUGAUCAUUCCGCUUUAGUGGACUCCUGCUAUUUUUUUUUUCUUCCAAAAAGUUCACCAAAGUGUAAACUAAUUUAAUCCCAAAGUGUAACUUCUGGUUGGGUAUUUAUGAAUUUAAAUUUUUAUGAAAGUGCAGUGCAUUUUUCCCCAUCUUUAAUUGUACAUUAAGCAGCUCUAUAGCCAUGUUUGUGUGGAAAAUGUUUUGCACUAUGGAUUGUCACAAAGCCAUUGAACAAAACAAGCAGUGCCUCUGUGAGUCUUUUGACGGGAAGCAGCAGUCGAGUUAGAGCUGGGCAAUAUAUCGAGUAUACUCGAUGUAACGCGGCUUUUGCCAUGCACAAUGUAUAAAAUGACUAUAUCACGAACCUCCGAGUAUAAAUUAUGUGGAAGUUUUGAGCCGUCAGCGUGCAUUUCUUGCUAGAGUUUUGCUUCUCCCAUUGUCCCUGAAUGCAUCUCUCACAGCAGAGCGCUUACUCCCCCUCCCAUCCAGAAAACCCUCCUCCGCAUAUGCGCAUUUUUGUAUCAGCGGAGGAGAGAGGAGGUAAACACUAUGGGUAAACAAAGCAGAGUGGUGAGUUAGUGGCUAGUUAGCUGCGUUCAGAGAUGGACAACGAGAAACAGCGCUGGUCUGUCAUUUGCCAGGGUUUCGGCUUUAAAAAGAAAGAGGUCGAACUCACACAGUAAUCGUUAAAAUACGCCAUAAGAUGACUCUGGGAUAACAGCGGCAGUAACACAACACGCCGCGAAAGACGUGAGCCCAGUGUUGUUAAAAAGCCAGGAUUUUAAAAUCUCAUAAAGACACUUAACCCAGAAUACGUGAUUUGCUUGAGCACGAGCAUUGUGCUAAAAACUCCCUGCCAGUGUCGUACAUGCCAGAGAGAAGAUGGCCAAGCAGCGGACAAAUGUGAUCCACUUCUCCACAACUCCGGAGCCUUAUCUCAGCCUAACAGUUCAAAACACCAACAACGCAGAGUUAAAAUGUUUGUGCCUCCAAACGAGCUUUUUUCCCCCAUGAUCACACAGGAGAGCUUCUUAAAUAAGCUCUAAAGUUGCUCCCAUGUUAUGAACCUGUCAGAAAAGGGGCCAGCUUUCAUCAGCACAGAUAAUGGACUAAUGUCAUCAUAGCUGUGAGCCUGAAUGGUGGACGAGACUGCAAGGUUUUAGCCAUCGGCUGCAUGCAGGAUUGGUGAAUUUUGUGUAGGUUUGCUUCACCCUUAAUGAGAAAAUAAUGAUUUUAUAAUUCGCAAUAGUAAAAAUAACACAGAAAACAUUUCAGGACUGUCCAUACACUAUAAAAGACCGAGUAUUUCACGAUUUAUGUAGCCUAUGUUUGAUUUAUUAGUAAAAGUUUGAAUGAAGUCCUUUUCAAAAUAAAAUAGUGUGUUAAAUUUGACCUUCUACAUACAAUUUUAUUAAAAAUCUAAUAGAACAGUCUAUUUUAAUCACCAAACUAGUGUCAUUUGGAGCUGAAUUAAACAUACAGCCACUUAGAGGACAUUCCAAAGUAUUGUGAUAUACAUCGUGUAUCGGGCUAUAGCAAAAAUAUAAUCGGGAUAUCAAUUUUAGGCCAUAUCGCCCAGCUCUAAGUCAAGCAUUGGGUUUACAAAUGCCAUCAUUCAGAAAAUGAACAUACAUUUAUUUUGCUGUUAUAACUCAAUCCUCUCUGGUCAGUGUUGCUUUGGAGCUUUUCAGUGAUGAAAAGAGAAACAGGAAACUGGAUUUAUGUCAUUUAACUGAUCUGUCUGGUUAUGCUUUCAUAAGAUUUUAAUUACAUAACAGCUUACACGUGGUUUUAAAACUGGAAUUUUCUCAAGUGUCUUAUGAUUGAAAGGAUAACAUACAGUUGAUUACAAAAAAGCUUCAUUUAGUUACAGUAAAAAAGAAGAUAUGUGGUUCAAAUUUGUUUAUGCAAGGUGGAGUUUACAAAGAACCAUCACUGUUAUGUUUAGAUAACAUGCCAGUGCUUCAUAUCUGUCAUGCCUUUACAGGAAUGUGAGCACAUCAGUCUUGAGUCUUCCAGGUACUUGCAUAAUUGUCAGGCAGUGCUGUGUGGGUGUGAAGGUGCUCAGUCAGUCAGAAGAUGAACAUUUUCUGCCUGAGUGCUUUAAACAUCUUAUCACAUGAAACUGAAGUUCUACUUCAGGAAGUCUUUUUCCAUUUCUGCGAGUAAAGACACCAGGAGAGGAAAGCAGGAGUAUUAAAAGUGUUUACGAGGUAUUAUUCUUUGCUCAUAAAUCUUCUGUAUUUGCAAAACCAUCGGGCGCUAACCUGGGUGCUGCUUGAGAGAAAGAAGAAAACUGGAAUCAUAACCACAUUUCUUAUUUGUAAAAGGCAGCAUAUUUUAAGUUACAAAACAAAAGUGAUUGAGUCCCAGGUCAUGGAUUGCAAUAAACUGGAAAUAACA